AUGGAGGACUCUUUCCAAUUUAUUAUAGAAUCCCCUCAGCACAGUCAAGGCCACAAGAAGCGUCCUCGUCUCGUCACCUCCUGCGACAACUGUCGUCUCAAGAAGAUCAAGUGUCUUCAACCGUCUCCAGAGUCAAAGUGUGAGGCAUGCAAGGCUGCAAAGAUUGCCUGUCGGUUUCGGGACAGGGAGCGCUAUUUUGCUGAGCGCAGUAGAGCCAUCGCGGGCCCUAAUUCUAGUGUGUAUGCGACGGAGCUCAGGUCGGAGCCCAGUUCCACCCUAGAUGCUUUCUCGGUGGCCUCCGGUUCCUCCAGUCCCUCCCUUUCUUCGUCCGAUCCACGGUCGAAUUCCCACUCGCCUAAAGCAAGUGGAAUGGUGUCAGCGGAUAUUGAGCACUCGGGCAGAUACCCGUCUUAUGCCCCAGACUCGCGUCAUAUUGGGCCUUCCCAUGGGCAUUCUUCUUCUAUUUCGUCUUUUGAUUCUUUAAGAAGUAACACCGGAGUACCUCCUUAUAAUAAUUUUGUUGGACAUACACCACCUCUAUAUCCUACUGUUUCGCGUAACUCAUACCAAGGCGACCAGCGUCCUAUUCAACUAUUCGACCCAGAGAAUCCCCAGCGGCCACAUCCUAAUUUGAUGACUCAUUUCAUUCAAGUCUUCUUCGAUCGACACGGUCAAGAUUUCACCUUCCUUACAUAUCAAGAUGUCCUGGCAGAUUUCUGGGAACAAAGAUUAUCUCUCAUCUUAGCCAAUUGUAUAGCCGCUAUGGCCGUAAAAUACUCUAAUAUCUCAGAAUUUUCCGCACGCGACCUGCAUAAUGUUGCCGAGAACUACAUAGAUAUCGCAAAGCAUCUGCUAACCAGCAUGGCACAUAUCCCGUCUUUGGAGACGUUACAUGGUCUAAUGCUGUUAUGUUGGCUAGAGCACAAUCAUCAUAGGUUGCCUGGUUUCCGAACUUACUACGGGAUGGCUGGGAAAAUGGCCAACGAUCUCGGCCUUCAAGAUCCACAUAAUCUAGAACUCUAUCCCAGCGAGUACGAGCGAUCCCGCAGGCGCGCUACCUGGAACGGUAUGGUCCAGUUACACAUUACUGCAAAUUCCUUUCGAUCAUAG